GUGAGGGGCAAAAAGUGUAUAAAUAAUUGGUAAAACACUCUUUGAGCUUCAACUACUAGGCAGUGUUGUCCGAAGAUCUUCACACUCUGUUCUCGUUGUCGAUAGAGAGAUUUUCCAGAGAUGGGGAGAGGAGAGAAAAGUGAGAUGCUGAAGAUGUCAAUACUCAUGAUGAUCAUGAUGUCAUCAGUGUUGAUGACCAUUGUCGACUCAUCUAGAUCAGUCCAAAGAGAUGUUGACAGUGAAGAACCUGAGAUCGUACGAAGACAUCUACUCGCUAAUGGCCUAGGCGUCACUCCUCCCAUGGGGUGGAAUAGCUGGAAUCAUUUUAGCUGUAACAUAAAUGAGAAAGUCAUCAAAGAAACUGCUGAUGCAUUGGUUACCACUGGUCUCUCUAAGCUCGGUUACAACUAUGUUAAUAUCGGUAAAUGUCUCUUGUAUUUACUCUCAAGUUGUAUAUACUCUUCAAGUUAUUUGAUUAAAUGUUUUAAGUUCUUGGUUUGUUUCUCAGAUGAUUGUUGGGCUGAACUUGCUCGUGACCAAAAGGGGAAUCUGGUGCCAAAGAAGUCUACAUUCCCUUCUGGUAUCAAAGCCCUUGCAGAUUAUGUUCACAGCAAGGGCCUUAAGCUUGGGAUCUACUCUGAUGCCGGAAUGAGACAUAAAGUAGUAACAAUGCUUGGCUCAAAAUGUCAGGGGAUAGAUUACUUGAAGUAUGAUAACUGCAACACCGAUGGCUCCAGACCAACCAUCAGGUAUCCAGUUAUGACCAGAGCUCUGAUGAAAUCUGGCCGUCCCAUCUUUCACUCCUUGUGUGAAUGGGGAGAUAUGCAUCCAGCUCUCUGGGGAUCUCCACUAGGCAACAGUUGGAGAACCACUAGUGACAUCAAUGAUAGUUGGCUUAGUAUGAUUGCAAAUGCAGACAUGAAUGAGAUUUAUGCUGAACAUGCAAGGCCUGGUGGCUGGAACGAUCCGGAUAUGCUUGAAGUGGGAAAUGGAGGGAUGACUAAAGAUGAGUACAUAGUCCAUUUCAGCAUAUGGGCAAUCUCUAAGGCUCCUCUUCUACUUGGUUGUGACAUAAGGAACAUGACUAAAGAAACUAUGGAGAUUGUGGCAAACAAGGAGGUUAUUGCUAUUAAUCAAGAUUCACAUGGUGUUCAGGCCAAGAAAGCUAGAAUGGAAGGUGAUAUCCAGAUUUGGGCAGGACCAUUGUCAGGUUAUAGAGUAGCUUUGCUUCUAUUGAACCGUGGGCCAACACGGUUAUCUAUUACUGCUUUUUGGGAUGAUAUUGAGAUCCCUCCAAAUAGUAUAGUUGAAGCAAGAGAUCUAUGGGAGCACAAGACAUUGACGCAAAAGUUUGUAGGAAACUUGACAGCAACAGUUGAUUCUCAUGCGUGCAAGCUGUAUGUUCUCAAACCUGUUGCCUGA